AUGGAGCUAAUUACGUUGCUACUUCUCUUAAACUAUGCCGAAACGAGACUCUUUUGUGAAAAAACUAAAAUGCCUCUCGAAAUGGGCCAGUGGCAAAACCAUUUGAAACAUAUGGACUCAGCCGUCGUUGAAAAUCGCCCAGUCACAAUUAGCGAAGGUCAGGUAUAUGUUUAUGAAAAUCACUUUCCUGGUUAUAUCAUAAAAUAUAUACACGUCGAUAAUGUAGCUAUAAAAUCAUGUGGAGCGAGUGCAACCAUCAAAAAGGGCGGUAUAGGUACGUCUUCCGUCCUAAUAGUGUUACAUGCGGCGACAAACGAGGAGAUACGCUCGGUGAUUGACAUAUGGGGUACGAAAUAUUUUGAACAAAACACUAAAUCCAUUCCUAUAGAUAAAAAUAUGGGGAAUUUAAAAUCUUUAUACCUAUUCAAAGAUCUAAGAACGGUUAACCACAAUAAUGGUUUCUGA